AGCAAGUGCAAACUCACUAAGUACUGUACCGCGCCAUGCUCUCGAUGCCCUUUGUCGUCGCGCUCCUCACGCGCAAGUACUCGAUGGACGGCCGGCCGGGCCCGGCGACGCUGCCCACCGCCGACGAGUGGGGCCCUCGGUACGACGCAUCCGGCGACCGCGCGCUAAAGCCCACCACGGACGCGCUCGUGACCAAGCAUGAGUAUAGGGACCGGUCCGACACGGCCUCGACCGUCUCGACGUCGGCGUCGCACGACCUCGCCGCCAUGUACUACCCUGCCAAGCGCAGCCGCCGCCGCCACGACGACGACGAGAACGACGCAACGACGACCUUUGUGAUUCCCGAAGGCGCGCAGUGGCGAAGUGUCUUUGAGCGGCUGUACCAGCCCGACUACCACCAGAAGCGCGACGAGCGCCUCGCCGAGACCCGCGAACGCAUCUACGCGAUCGAGUGCACGUUUCGCCCGGCCAUUGCUGCCCGGGCCGCCGCCAACGACGACGAGGAUGACGACGAGGCGCAUGAAGAUGGCGUGGUCGAGCCUGCAACGAUGACGAUAGUCGCACGCCUGUACAGCCCGACCUACCACCAAGACCGACUGGCGCGCCUCGAGGCCAAGCGCCAGGCGUAUGCAUUCCAUCCGACGACGAACGAGCCGACUCGGCAGCUGCCGCCGAUCGAGACGCGGCUCUACUCGGCCACGUAUCUCCAAGAGCGCAACGAGAAGCUGCUCCGAUUGAAGGUGCAGCUCGAGCUCGUCGAGUGCACGUUCACGCCCAGCAUCAACACGCACAUGCACGUCUCGGUGCGCAAGCCAUUGUACGACCCGUCGUACCAUCAGACGCGGAGCUCGAUUCUGCUCCUGAUGCAAGACCGGCAGAUGGUCAAGCCCACGCAUCUGCGCCGGACGACCUCGACCGCGUCGACGUCGAGCACGACCACGAGUGCGCGGCGACAGGCGUAGUUGUCGUUGCGGUUUUACAUAUUUAUUGUCAAUAUUGUCUAUCCACGGUCACGGG